AUGUUCCUGCGCUCUCCCAUCAGGCGAACGUCUUUUCAUAGCUCUGUUAGCCUGUGCGGACUUGUACAUAAUGUCUCGCCUAUUUACCAGAAAGAGGGCACUUCCUCAUUAGAUUUUUUCCUAACUACGCAGCACUACAUCACAGCAAACCCUUUGUCAUCACUUGGUGGGCCCACCGCUACUACCGAGCUGCUCACUUCUCGGGUGCCUUCUUUAACCUCACCUCCCACGGUUCCUCCUCCCCGCCCCGGGACCGACAAUAUGGUGGAUACAUCAGCAGCUGCGUCUUCCCUUUCUUAUCAGGUUGAAAAAGAGUGCUACGCCCUCUGUUGUCUCGGCACAGCGGCCUUUAUUCAAUCCCUCAAACUCAUCAUGCAGGAAGAAACAAUUUUGUCAGUUGUGGGGUCAGCCCGCACGAAUACUCAGCGAACCCGGCUCGGUCCGACCUCUCACGCUACAAUUGUCGUCGUAUACCAGCAAAAGUUGCGCUCGACGGAGCACGCGUUGUGGUUCCUGCAUACCCCGACGAUGCCGCUUCUCAGCGCCCAGAGACAAUUGAGACGAGCAGUCUUUGGCCUGUCGGAUGCUACCCUUAGGGAAGAUAUUGCCAUGAAGUAA